GCUGUGUUGGCGAACAACGGGAACCUGUAACUGUAAGUUUCUGUCAGCUCCUUCCUUCGUUUCGUUGUUUUAGGGUUAGGCUUAGCGUCUCUUUCUAUUUGUUGUUCUACAGUGAAAUUGGGGGUUUACAAUUCACUUCUGUCCCAAACCCUAGAUUGAUUACCCAAUACUUGCAAUUGUUUUUCUUUCUUGAAAAUGGAUUCAAUUGAUCGUUCUAAGGGCAUGAGCACGCUUGACGCGACCAUGGAAGAUGCUGCGGUGCCCGACCUAAAGCACCGUGGAAGAAAAUGGGGCCUGUAGAGAAGGAGGCAUCUGUGCACGGAGAAAUGAAGAGGAUGCAGAAGCUGCCUGCAAACGGUACUUAUGUCACUCAUCGGUUGCGGGUUCUCAACAAAAUUCUGCAGCUUUUGUCCAUUCAGAGAACUGCAUCACAAGAACAGGAGUUGGAGUUGCUUUUUGCUGGGCUUUCUCUGUGAACCCAACCAACCUUUUUCAGGCAGUGCAAUCGUGACCAGUAUUGCCUUCAACAUAAGGAGUGUUGAAAGAUCAUCUUGUGCCAGAGGUUGAGUUAUGAAGAAGUCAGUAAACAUUAUCUAGAAUGUGUCUAGGAUAAGUGUGUGAUUACUUCUUGUAAUCAUUGUUUUAUAUUGGAUUUGUAUUGGACUGAGGAAUCUCGUGGGGUUUUACUAUGUAAAAUAAUUAUCUGCGUAUUCUUUUAUUUUAUG